CCAGUUGAUGUAAAACUGUGACGGUGAACAAAAUGAAGCUUCGCAUGAAGCCUUGUGCAGUAGUGUUCCUUGUACUAAGUCUUGCGUUGAGCAUUCCGCAAACGUUAGCUCAGUGUACUAGCAGCCUAUACCGAACGUACGACGGCAGCUGCAAUAACGUUGUGAAUCCUUCCUGGGGUGCCGCUAACACACCGUUCGUGCGUAUUGUAAAUCCAAAGUAUGCCGAUGGCAAGUCCACUCCACCCCUAGCAACGGAUGGGAGUGAGCUACCGAACCCGAGGGUGCUUUCCGUUGAAGUGUUCCAGGAGGGCGUGCAGAACAGUCCAAGAUUCUCGCUAGCAAAUAUGCAGUUUGGACAGAUCGUGGCUCACGAUAUGGCCCUAACGCGUGGAGUUCGUGAUCCAUUACCGUGCUGUGCAAAUGGUCGCCUUCAACCUAAUCGUAGCCCAAGAUGCUUUGCCAUUCCGAUAUCUCCCGAUGAUCCCGUGUUCUCUGCACGUGGUAUCGAUUGUUUGGGCUUGAUCCGUACGUUUACGACAUGUGACGAGAGUCCUACGACUUGUACGCGCGCAGAGCAGAUCAACGCCGUCACACACUUUCUCGACCUAUCAGUCGUGUACGGAAACUCUGCCCAGGAAGCUCAAACGCUCCGAGAGCCCAACACCGGUCUGUUGAAGGUGGAGGUGCGUGACGGACAGGAUUGGCCACCGAGACAUCCGAACGCAAGCACAACCUGCACUUUAAAGACUCCCACAGAAGUUUGCUACCUUACCGGCGAUGGACGAGCUAAUCAGAGUCCUCAAUUGGCAAUACUGCAAAUCACGUUCGUACGGGAACACAAUCGUAUCGCCAGACAACUGAAGACGCUGAAUCCAACCUGGCUGCCGGAUAAACUGUUCGAAGAAGCGCGACGCAUCAAUAUCGCCCAGUAUCAGCAUAUUGUUUUUGAGGAGUGGCUACCGGCUUUUCUGGGUCGCAAUUUUAUGAUCGAGCGGCAGCUCCUCUAUCAGCCGGGGGUUGCAACGAAUGAUUACAGCCAAACCAUUCAUCCGGCGGUAAUCAACUCUCACACGACCGCUGCCUUCCGAUUCUUCCACUCCUCCAUACAGGGAUUUCUGAAACUCUACGAGGAAAGUCGUAUCUCGAUGUCCAAGGUGGAUAUCAACGAUCACACCAACAAUCCUACGAUUUUGGAGCAAGCUUCUAGCCGAUAUCCUGACCUGCUUCGUGGUCUCACCACCCAACCAAUGGGUCUCAAUGAUAUCAGCCUAGAUCCGGCGACUAAACAUUUCCUCUUCCGCUUCAACAACAUGUUCGGCACGGAUCUUAAGUCGCUCGACAUCCAGCGGGGACGGGAUCAUGGACUCGGUGGAUACAACGACUUUGUGUUUCUGUGCUUGAAUCAACGUGCUACAACCUGGGAAGAUUAUAACCAGUUGUUAGUGCCAGGAGCCGUCAACCUGCUCAGCAUCUACUACAAAUCGGUAAACGAUCUCGAUCUAUCCGUCGGGUUAGCGUUCGAGAAGAAGGUCGACGGUACGGAGUCAGGCAUGGUGAUGCGCUGCAUACUGGCCGAUCAGUUCCGGCGCACCAGGAAGGGCGAUCGCUUUUUCUAUCAAAACGGCAACCAUUUCAACGCACGACAGUUGAGUGAGAUUCGGAAGGCGAACAUGGCGCGCAUACUGUGCGAUACGACCACCGAUGUUACACGCAUACAGUCGAGUGCAUUUUUGCUACCUUCCACCACUAACCCGCUAGUGACGUGCAGUUCCUUACCGACUCCGAAUCUUCGCGAGUUCUAGUGUUGUUAAUAAUUGGAGAAUAUUGUCUCUUAUUGGCGACGGUGUAGCUUUGUAGAGGUAGAACAUAUACUUGUGAAUGCAAAGAUACAAUUUGAACGUUAGCUAGAAGACAUAAUCUGCUGUAGGAAAUUCUACCGAGCCAGCUACAAAAAUAUAACCAUCUUCACAUUCCAA